AUGAAGCAAUCAAGAAAGGUUGCCAAAGUCGCCUAUCAAGGAUUGAAGGAGUUGGUUAAAUUUGGAAAGUUUGUUGAAGUUGAAAACACUCCUGUUGUUAGUUCCAUUAAUGUUGAGGUUGUCGAGGAACACGUGGAACCUAAACCAAAAUUUCAAUUAGCCUUUGAAGAGGUUGAAGUAUCUGAUGAUGAAGAAGAUCAAGAGGAUCAAGGAAAUGAACUAUCAGAAAAUGAGUUUGAAAAUUUUAUUCAGCAAAGUAUUUCAUUCCCAGAAGAGGAUGUGGCUAUUACACCUCUGAGUGUGACUGAGAGGGAAAGUGACACAAUGGUGCAAUCUUCCUCACCUACCCCUGAACAGAUGGAUACUCUUAUUGCAGAACUUCAUCGAACUGCAAGGAAGCCUCCCCAAAUAGUUCCUGUUGAUACUGAUCCUCCAUCUGGAAGUGAUCUAGAAGACUCAGCCAAUUCUUUACUCCCAAGGAAGCGUAAAAGAAGAGAUCCAAGGUUUGGAGUGCUUAUCACAGACCUAGUUCACAAGAAAUCUACAUCGACUGAGCCCAGUUCGAUUACUCAAAACAUUUAA